AUGCGAGGCGCACGAAUGCUCCGACGCAGGGAGAGUGUUCGAGUGGAACAACGCAGGCAAACAGAUGAAGGCGAGGCCAAGGAAUUGUGGGAAAAUAUUGUCAGCUUCUGUCGCGAGGUAAGUUCAUCCUACUUAUCUUAUCUAAGAAAACACUCUAAGUACCAAAAUCACUUCAUCUUAAACCUGACCUUUAUCUCGGAUAGUGUUGCCAUUUUUUAUUUUUCAGAAAACAUGACUCUAAUGGCUGUCAGACAGACAACCACUAGAGGCACUUUCUCCUUAAGAUCAUUUUUCGAAGGUCUUUACUUUCUGCAUUAGCAGGACAAAUUCUCUUAUGAGAAACAGUGCAUUGAUGGAACACAGUUACAUAGUUACAUAGUUACAUAGCUGAAAAGAGACUUGCGUCCAUCAAGUUCAGCCUACCUCACAUUUGUUUUUUGCUGUUGAUCCAAAAGAAGGCAAAAAAACCCAGUUUGAAGCACAAUUUUGCAACAAGCUAGGAAAAAAAUUCCUUUUUGACCCCAGAAUGGCAGUCAGAUUUAUCCUUGGAUCAAGCAGUGAUUGCAACUUUUGCGACAUAGCUCUGCCGUGCUUCUCAAUGAGAAGCAUCUGAUUGGAAAAAAGUAAUCAGAAGGAAUGACUUACCGCAGGAGGAGCAGCUGCUGCGCGUCUGUCCUAGUGCUGGAAUAAAGGGUGAGUUUGUGGGGGUUUUGUGCAAGUUUUUAUUUUUAAAUGGCAAUUUUUAAUUAUAAAAAAUUAAAAUGAAUAUUAAAGUCAGGAGUUCCCAGUGAUCCAAACAUACAAAAAUCCAUCUUAUUAAACAAUAACAAUACCUUUUGCUAGCCAAGUUAAUGUAUGGUUUCAUGGUUUGUUUUGUUUGUUUUUUCUUCUUCAGUACAUCCUUUAUCAUUUACUGCCAUGUCAUCGGCUUAAUGGUUAAAGGACCACUAUAGUGCCAGGAAUACAUACUCGUUUUCCUGGCACUGUAGUGCCCUGAGGGUGCCCCCACCCUCAGGGACCCCCUCCCGCCCGGCUCUGUAAAGGGGAAAAGGGGUAAAACUUACCUUUUUCCAGUGCUGGGCGUGGAGCUCUCUUCCUCCGAUCCUCCUUCUUUCCUCCCCGUCGGCUGAAUGCGCACGCGCGGCAAGAGCUGCGCGCGCAUUCAGCCGGUCGCAUAGGAAAGCAUUAUCAAUGCUUUCCUAUGGACUCUGGCGUGCUCUCACUGUGAUUUUUCACAGUGAGAAGCACGCAAGCGCCUCUAGCGGCUGUCAAUGAGACAGCCACUAGAGGGAAUAGGGGGAAGGCUUAACCCAUUCAUAAACAUAGCAGUUUCUCUGAAACUGCUAUGUUUAUAAAACAAUGGGUUAACCCUAGCUGGACCUGGCACUGAAGUUGAAGUGGUCUGGGUGCCUAGAGUGGUCCUUUAAGACUCUAAUACAGUGUUCAGGUAAAUCAAUGUCACAAUUCCUAGAAUGCUAAGAAUUGUGGGUAUCGGGAAGACGAUGGAUAACCUAUAUUUUGGUGGCCGAUAGCGCUAACCCAGUGUUAAAUGUAUACUUAGUCAAAGGUGAUCUAAUUAUCCACAUGUUCUUUGGAUGAUGGUUUCACUGAAACCUUUUCAGGACCGGAAUUAAGACAGACCCUUGUUCUCCAGAGUCCCAUAGAACAACAAUAACAAGUUGUGAACUUUAAUAAAAAGAUUAAUAGUACUGCCGUAGUGAGUCCAUACUAGCAUGCAUUGCAGACUGACACUUGUUAAAAUAACUAAACGGUGGCUUCAAAUAGCUAACUAUAUGUUCUAGCAAGCAGUGAUAAAAAUACCUUUUACUUUACUCAUGUUUAGUUUUUUUCUGUAAUUUCUCAGAUGCUGUUUGAUUCUUGAACUGACUGUGCUGCCGAAACCCCAUAAAAAUAUAUAAAAUACAGAUUAUUUAGAUGUACUAUCUUAAUGCAUAAAAAAGCAGUUCUGUUUUUCUGUUUUUGUAAUGUACAGUUUUUUAUUAGUGCAUUUGUUCAUCUGUCCUUCUGUUUGAGACUUCAUCCAGCUUAAUACUUGACAUCUUCUCUCCAUGUACAUAUCUCAUGACUCUGUGCAAAUUGAGGAAAGAAAUCCGAAAACACCAACAAAUCCACAGGGAAUGUCUUAUUCGAAACCGUAAAGAGACACUUCACAGCCCAAAAACAAAAUUAAAGGACUACUAUAGUGCCAGGAAAACAUACUCGUUUUUCCUAGCACUAUAGUGCCCUGAGGGUGCCCCCACCCUCAGGGUCCCACUCCCGCCGGGCUGGAUGGAGAGGAAAGGGGUUAAACUUACCCUUUUUCCAGCACCGGGUGGGGAGCUCUCCUCCUCCUCUCCGCCUCCUCUCCUCCUCCUUGGCUGAAUGCGCAUGUGCGGCAGGAGCUGCACACGCAUUCAGCCAGUCUCAUAGGAAAGCAUUCAUAAUGCUUUCCUAUGGACGCUGGCGUCUUCUCACUGUGAUUUUCACAGUGAGAAGCACGCAAACACCUCUAGCGGCUGUCAAUGAGACAGCCACUAGAGGCUGGAUUAACCCAUUUAUAAACAUAGCAGUUUCCCUGAAACUGCUAUGUUUAUAAAAAAAAGGGUUAAUCCUAGAGGGAUUCAUUAAGGGAUUCAUUAAGCUGAAGUGGUCUGGGUGCCUAGAGUGGUCCUUUAAUGAAAAUCACUGUUUAAUACAUAUACCCCCAAUGACAACGUGCAUGCAUUUAAUUAUGUAUUUUAUAAUUGGUGUAUAUCUAAAACAGCUUGUAGUAGCUGCAGUUCUCUUGUCUGCUGCCUUUGCAAGCCCUCCCCUUCUAACACGGCCCAGAUUUUUUGUUGCUGUCCAAUCACAGACUUCCCAAUGCAGCUCAAUGAGACGUCUUUACAAGGCAGGUGCUCUGGGCAAUUGCUAUCUCUUGAGUUUAGACUCACUGAGCUAAACUAGGAAGCAACAGAACCAGCUGUCUGCUUGAAACCCCAGGGUGUAAUCAUGUUAAUUCAUAAUAGUGUUAAUUUAUAAAAUCUAAAAUCUGCAUUUUUGUAAUAUGAAAAAAAGAGGGCACACUCUUCACACAUAAAGCUUUUCAGCAAGCUAAAGUGCUUUAGGGGUCUAGAGUGUCCCUUUAAGUUUUGCAGUGUUUAUGCUGUUUUGUUUGUCCCUGUAACUUCAAAUCCUAUUUUGUUUGAGCCUACCUAAUUUCUUCUACCUAUUUUAGACACCAUCAUUACCAUUUCUGUUCUAGAUUCAUACCUUCUCCUUUCUAGUUCAGCACCGAUAUUUGAGUAAAAGCCAAAACAGAUUCCACCUCAUUCAGCACUUGUUCUCAUUUUCUCCCUCUCCUUCCACCUACCUCUUUCCAUUUGUAACUGCCUAUCCUCACAGUUGUCCUCUUACCUGUUCCCAUCCCAGAACAGGGUGAAUUUUGUGGAUGACAGCUUUCCCCCUGGCCCUCGCUCCGUAGGCUUUCCUGAGUCUGACAGUGUCCAGCAGAGGGUCAAGCAAUGGUUGCGGCCACAAGAAAUUAACUGUAGCAUCUACAAAGACCGUGGCGUCAAGUGGACAGUUUUUCGAACGCCGCGGCCUUCGGAUAUUCUUCAAGGACUUCUGGGAAACUGUUGGUGAGCUCAUAAAUUGAAAAGCAGUGUCCAAGAAAAACUCUAUAGACGGUUCACUUCUUUACUAGUAAACAGCGUUUACAAAAAAUAAUUAAAAAAUAAAUAACUUGGGUUAAAGACAUAGUUUGUAGGGGUGGAAUAUUGGUGGGUGGCAAAUGAAGAAAUAUAGUUGCUUAUUUGGGAGAAAGGUUUUAAAUGUCAGAGAAAUAAUAAGAUUGAAAUAAAAUCUGAAAUGUGAAGGGGUUAUAUUUGUAAGAUAGGUCUGAGUGAAUUACACAUUUAGAAAUGUUCUAGUGAAGCACAUGGGAAGAUAAGCAGGAGAAGAGUGGCGUGUGUGUCCAGGGAUGAACACUGAAGAGGAGAGCAGUGGAUGGAUGGCAUGUAUCAGGUAAGGACUGUGGUGGAAGAUGUCCAAUGAUGGACACAGGUAGAGGAGCAAGAGACAGAUGGCGUGUAUGGGGUAAGAGCCCUUACCCCAUACACGCCAUCCUUCUCUUGGACAUCAUUGGACAUCUUCCAAUAUUCAUCUUUGGAAGAUGUCCAAUGAUGAACACUGAGGAACAGUAGAUGGAUGGCAUGUUUUGGAUGAGGGUUGUGGUGGAAGACGUCCAAUGAUGGACACAGAGGGACAGUAGAUGGAUAGCAUGUUUUGGAUGAGGGUUGUUUUGGAAGAUGUCCAAUGAUGAACACUGAGGAACAGUAGAUAAAUAGCAUGUUUUGGAUAAGGGUUGUAGUGGAAGACGUCCAAUGAUGGACACGGAGGAGCAGUGGAGGUGAGCGAUAGGAAACCGGUGUUGAAAUAGUUAUAGAUGGUAGAGAAGAACGUGAUCGAAAUGGGUUAAAGGGGAACUGUCCCUUCCAGGAAUUUUAAUAUUGUGUUUGUAAACUCCUAUAUAUUUUGCAAAUAUCUGUGAAGAAAAAUAAAAUGACACCUAGAAAUCCACACUGCUGUAAUCACCUCCAUCUUCGAACCUGGCACUUCCAUCUUGACUUUGUGUCAGUUAUUGCUACAAAUGUUGCAAUUUUCUGCCACUGGAUAUAGAGGAAGAGAAGAGAAACUGUUAGUAAAAUUUGCAUUGUGUGCCCUAGCUAUGCCUAGAGACUAAACUGAAUUGUGAUGUGACUUUUUCCAAAUCUCUAAUAUGCAUUUAAACGUUAAAGGAAGAUCAAAAAGAAUACAAUUUAUACUUUUAUUCAGUGUUGUAAUAUCUAGAGGAGUAACCGUUUCCAUUGUAAUGUUUUUCUGUAUUCCAUGUUGGUAUAUAAGGAAUGUCUAUAUGUAAGGAAUAAUGAUGGAUUUCCCAGUGUCGUGGUAUUUGCUGCUUACUAAUGUGUUUCCAUCUACACAGGUUCCUUAGUGCUCUGGCUGUCCUGGCAGAAAGACCAGAGUUGGUGGAGAGGGUUAUGAUCACCAGGACUAUCUGCCCAGAGGGGGCGUACCAGGUGCGGUUAUGCAAGGAUGGGACGUGGAGCACUGUUCUGGUGGAUGAUAUGCUGCCGUGUGAUGAGGCUGGGUACCUACUAUUUUCCCAGGUUAGUAUAGACCUCUCAAUCUUUCUUCCUAAAUUGGAUUUGGUUCUUUUAUUGCAUCACAACCAUUAAAAAAAAUAAAAAAUUAUAAUAAUUUUUAAAAAGGAUACACAUUUGAAGUUCCUACAUUUGCUGCAAAACCUGCUAGCCAUGCAGCUUGUCUAUUGAGUUUUCACUAAACCAGGAGGUCACUCAGCCAAGAGAGAUGCUCGCUACAUUUUCUAUAGUACAGUUAAGCUUCUCCCAUAAGGAGGGCUUAUUUGGGCUCAGCAAAUGGUUUAUGGGAGUUAGAAUUUAAUUGCCAACUUUGUACAGUAGAGACAGGUCCACAAAUCAUACAUAGUUGGAAACAAAUGGAAACCCUUUUUUUAUUUGAGACAGACCCAAGUUUUCAUGGGCCAGUCCAAAUGUGUAAAGCGUAGAGGUUCUGUUUUAUACAUAAGAAAAUGGUGAACGUGGAAAAUAAACCAGUAAGGAUUUCUAAAAGCGAUUCCUCUACUUUUAGACAAACCAGUCAUUGUGUUUACUCCAGCAACAAUAAUUCGCAAAUAAAACAGACAUUAGGAAUCCAUAUCUCGGCGUAUUAUGAAAAUGUUUAAUUGGAAAAUUAUUGGCUUUGUUUUCUGAAUGGAAUAAUCGGACACGUUCUCUUACCUUCCUGGGAACAAAAAAAAUAAUUAACACGUUGUACAGAAAUUUGCGCAAUCUAUAGCUGGCAUUAAAUCUGUUAAAGGACUGUGCCAAUUUCCCAGAAUUGACAGUUUCUCUGUAAUUGUGUAAUCCCACAGUGUGAAUACAAGAUGAGACCAGAUUAGUUUCCUGCUAGGAGACUAAUAUCUCCAUUACAUUUCUCACCGCAAACAUUCCCCCGAAAUGUAAAAAGCAGAACUGUGUUGCAAGGCAUCUAAAACGUAUAAAUUCCAUGUUUUAGAGAAAAUAUAUAACUUAGAUAUUUUUUCUUGUUUAAAGGGUUACUGUAACCAUUUUUUUGUUUGUUUGUUUUGUUUUUUUAACGCUGGAAAAAAGGUAUAAAAUAAAUGUGACAUACCUGCAACACAUUUUCUGAAUUUCUCAAACGUUUUUUAGAUUUUAUUCAGUUUAAAUUAUGUUUCAUAUCUAAAUAUUUGAUGUGAAAUGAAAGCCCUAUUUUCCCUGACCAAAAUGAUAUACAAGAAGUGUGGGUGCACUUAAUAUGAAAGAGGUGAAUUACAGUUGAAAAGACAAAUAGUUUCAAGUCUAGAUUUUGUUUUGGUUCAGAACUUGGACAAUUGCCUCUGUCCUUUAGGGGUUAAUAAAGUUGCCUCAGCUCAACAGAAUUCUGAUCACACGUGAAUUACAGUUGAUUUGGCCUUCAGAAUUGCAUGUAACUUGUGUAAAGUAUGUUUGUUUGUGCCUACUGAAAUUCUGAUGUACAUGUGAAGUUUGUUUACCUCUGCUUACUGUAAUUCUGAUGUACAUGCGUGAAGGUUGUUUACUUCUGCUACUGUAAUUCUGAUGUACAUGCGUGAUGUUUGUUUACCUCUGAUGUACACAUGAGCAGUAAAGUUGUUUUUGCCCUCCAGAAUACCAUUGUAGACGCCUUCGGUAUGGUUUUCCUGUGGCCUCCAUUACCUAUUCAUGAUAUUGAUUUUGUUUGUAAGAAUAUCACCACUGAACUAUCCUGAUAACCCCCCUUGCUAUGUCACACAGCCUGUUUGUCUCCUCCUUCUGUGGUUGAGUGCAUACAAUUCUCAGGAUCACAAUAUUCUAUAGAUCUUUGUCUCAUUGUUGCUUUAUGUUCUCUAUACAUUCCUGCUUGCGUUUUCUGGAGCCGUAGAGAUGACGCAGACAAGCGUACUUUGUUGAUUUUGGGCAUUAAUGCAGUUUUGACCUUGGCUAAUGUCAUUGUUAUUCCUGUCCCAGAUCUGGCUAGGUUUCAGCCUUGAUACCCUUUGGUGCCCUGACCUGUGCUGGUUGUGUAUGUGUUAGUUGCCAGUUGUAUACCUCUUCUGGGAUAUUUCAUUAAGUCUGACCAUCUCAAGGACUGGUUAUGCCUCUUAAUGUCUCUUCUCAAUCUUUUUCCCUGCGUUCUGUGAUCUUAUAUUCCUGCACAUCCUGACAAAGCGCCAUGUAAUGCGGGGGAAUAAAAAUAAAUGUGUUCAAGUAUCCUUCAUUCUUCUCCCUUGUGGAUAACAUGACAAUUGUACAUUCAUGACACAGAUUGCAUAUUGUACAAACAAAUCCCAGGCUACUCAAACCAUCAUGGACACACUAUUUAUAUGAGCCCCCGGGACUCCGCAUUGCACAGCUCAGCUCUUAUCAUCCAGUGAUGGUCUAACAGCAUAGAAAACGUGUCAUUAUUCUAUACUACUGCAUCAAUAUAAAUAUCCCCUGGAGACAUACAAUCAAUGUUUGUAGAACUGUAGGAGAGUUUAAGUAAUUUCUCUAUCUCUGUUAUAACAUGAAAUGUACAGGAUAUCCAGAGUGCAUGCAAGGUUAGUAAUGCAGGCCUGUGGCAUUAAAUCUACACAUUUUAAAUGAGCAGACAUUGCAGACUGAUGCUGUGUGACUCGCAUGUUUGGUAAUUUACUUCUUGUUUCAAUAUUGGACCACAGCAUUUGAGAAAUGCAAAUCCAAACCAAAUAUCUGAAAGGGACACACCAGGAUGGUGUUACACCCGUUCAUUUUUAAAGCAUUCCAUUAAUAGCUAUAUAUUUUUAAUGAUAAAAUAAGAGAUACUCAUGUGAAAUAGUUCUGUUUGCUGCGAAUGCCCAAGCCUAACAGCUUCUGUAGAAGGUGCCGUCCAGACUUGGAAUUUGCUCAACCAAUCACGAGGCACACUGGACGUUUUAUAGCACUGCUAAGCUUACUCCAUACACCGUGAUUUACAGCAAGGGUGUCUGGGAGUUGUAGUUCAGUUGUCAACUUUCUACUAGUCAUGACAUUCAAUACAGAAGCAUUAUUGGCACAAAAAGGGAAACACUGAGGGUUGGGAGGCGUUGGAAGGAAAUAUGAGCUUAAAGGGACCUGCAUAUUCAUAAAGCACAUCCGCUUGCUGAAAUGCUCAGUGUGACUGGAAUCUGUCAUUUUUGUACAGUUUAUAAUUGUGCCAAUUUCUGUUGAAACAGGCACUUUUACAAUUGAGGCAGAAGCACCUCCCUGGCUGUCAAUUAGUGUUGCAGAGCGAUUCAAUUUUCAUUCUGUGGAGCUAUCGGAAGUGGCAGGAACACUGAGCUAGAGCGUGCCUGCCUAUCUGCUUCUCAAUGAGCUGCCUGUAGAGACAUAUUGAAAACUGUGUUCACUUGCAGCAAUUUCACAGAGGAUUCUCAGAGAGUCUGUGCCGGAAAUAAAGGGUUUACUAAUGCCGCAGACAACAAUAUUUCCAUAAUGGUUAAAUAAAAAAAAUAAUUGCAGUGAAAAAAAAACGCAACAUAGUUUUCACCUUUCGCCUAACGUGUAUGCUUUUAACUACUUAUUAAACCGCUCUGCUAAGCUCCAUAUUCACUUGUUCCCAAAUGAUACCCAUUGUUUUCUUAACUUUUGCAGGCACAAAGAAAGCAACUGUGGGUGGCACUGAUUGAGAAGGCCUUGGCAAAACUUCAUGGCUCAUACUUUGCCCUUCAGGCUGGGCGUGCCAUUGAGGGCCUGGCUACAUUGACAGGAGCCCCCUGUGAGAGUUUGAUGCUUCAAGUCAGCUCCACCAACCCCCGGGAGGAGACGGUAGACACAGACCUCAUCUGGGCUAAGAUGCUGAGUUCUAAAGAGGCCGGGUAAGGACAAGUAAUACAUGUGCCACAAUUCACUACUAUGUCCAAACAAAAGUUGUUGUUUUUUCUCAAUGCUUGCAAACAGAGUGAUAGCUUAGCAGGUCUUGGACAUUGAUGAGGCAACUGGUCAUUCUGUGAGUGCAGGUAGAUGUACUGGCCACCAAAGCAGUAGAGGGCAGGUAGACAUAUUGUCAAUCACUCCUACCUGUCCACAGAUAGUAUGAUAACUAGCUCUCUUCCUCUGUGCAGAGGUGGGCCGGCUGGACCCACAGGCCACCCCUCUGUCUCUGUGCAGAGAUGGACCUGCUGGCCACCACUCUUUCUCUGUGCAGAGCUGGACCUGCUGACACCACUCUUUCUCUGUGCAGAGCUGGACCCACAGGCCACCCCCUGUCUCUGUGCAGAGCUGGACCCACAGGCCACCCCUCUGUCUCUGUGCAGAGCUGGACCCACAGGCCACUCCUCUGUCUCUGUGCAGAGCUGGACCCACAGGCCACCCCUCUGUCUCUGUGCAGAGCUGGACCCACAGGCCACCCCUCUGUCUCUGUGCAGAGCUGGACCCACAGGCCACUCCUCUGUCUCUGUGCAGAGAUGGACCUGCUGGCCACCACUCUUUCUCUGUGCAGAGCUGGACCCACAGGCCACCCCCUGUCUCUGUGCAGAGCUGGACCCACAGGCCACCCCCUGUCUCUGUGCAGAGCUGGACCCACAGGCCACCCCUCUGUCUCUGUGCAGAGCUGGACCCACAGGCCACCCCUCUGUCUCUGUGCAGAGCUGGACCCACAGGCCACCCCUCUGUCUCUGUGCAGAGAUGGACCCGCUGGCCAUCCCUCUGUCUCUGUGCAGAGAUGGACCUGCUGGCCACUAUUGCCACCUCCACCCCCCAAUGCUGUUCGUCUGCAUUUAUACUUGGUUGUCCUUUGAUUAUUUGUGAAUAGGUUCCUUAUGGGUGCAUCCUGUGGAGGCGGAAAUAUGAAGGUGGAUGAUGCAGCUUAUGAAAGUAUGGGGCUGAGGCCUCGGCAUGCCUAUUCCAUAUUGGAUGUUAGGGAUGUUCAGAGCUUCCGGUGAGUAAGAAAUAUAAGAAGUAGAUUGUAGCUAGUGCCCUGCUCAACGAUGGCGUGUUCCAACAUGUCCCGUUUAUUCCUUUUCAGCCUCCUCCGGCUACGUAAUCCCUGGGGCCGAUUCUCUUGGAAUGGCAAUUGGUCGGAUGGAUGGUCACUUUGGCCAGAACCAUUAAAACGUGAACUAAUGCCACAUGGGAGUAGUGAGGGUGUGUUUUGGAUGGAAUACAAUGACUUUAUCCGGUGGGUAUUGGGUAUUGUGAACACUCUGCUGUAAUGAAACCUAUUUCUUCGUACUUGUCAUCCAUUCUCAAUUCCUCUUUUCCCUUUCUGCUUAUCUGAUUUUGUGUUACAUGUUCCUCUCCUCUAUUUCCUGUCGGUUACACGUGGUUUCUUCCCUGCUUUCAUGCUCUUAUCCUCCCCUUUUAACUCACUUGAUUUCAUUCCUCUUUAUAUACCAUGGCGUUUUUAUUUUUUUGGUUUCUUUCUACUUGCUUUUUUUCUUACCCUCCCUCUUUCCUUCGCCUCUCAUCCCCCACUUCCUUGUGCUCUCUUUUUGCCUUUCUUCCUUGUUUUUCCCCCCUAUACCUGAUUUCUUCCUCCCUUCCUUCUUCACUUUCUCUCCUCCCUUUCUUCCUAACUCUCUCCUUGCUUCUCCCAGGUUUUUUGACUCUGUAGAUAUAUGCAAAAUCCACACCGACUGGCAUGAGGUCCGGGUGCAGGGCACCUUCCCAAACAAGGCCUCCACCCCAGUGAUCGUUACAUCUCUCACAGUGGUUGAACGCACAGCCCUUGAAUUUUCGCUUUUCCAGGAAGGCAGCAGGUAGGUGUCAAAGAGCUCAAUAAUGUUGAAAUGUUUAUUAUGUGUAUGUAAUAAGCAGAAGACAUACUGGUUAUUGUGGAGGAGUGGUUCUGACAUUUCCUUUCCUACUACAGGCGCUCAGACACUGUGGACAGUCACCUACUGGAUCUCUGUAUAAUGAUUUUCCGAGCUAGCCAUGGCGGAGCUGGCAAAGUGAUGCUGGGGCGGCUAAUGGCUCACAGUAAAAGGGCCGUGAAGAAGUUUGUGGGAUGCGAUGUAAUGCUGGAACCCGGAGAGUACGCAGUUGUUUGCUGUGCAUUUAACCAUUGGCAGACAUCCGUGGCCUCUGGUUUAUCUACGGCUCAGGGUAAGCAUUGCCUGGGCAACCAUGUGAUAAAUGUAUAUUCCUGUAAUACCAGCCUUUAUGUGCGCUCUCUGGUAUAAUCUAUAACAGUUUGGUAGUGUGUAGUAUAAACAGAAAUUUACAUCAUAGCAGCUCUCCAACUAAUACAAAAUAUUAGUAUUACUAACGAGAGCAAGGUGAACUGAAACUGUUUUUUAAUUUCACCGAUAUCUGAAUAUAAGUACAAUGCUGGUUACUGAGAUUAUUACCAAGAAUUCCGUUAAAGGAACACUAUAAUUAGGAAAUCAAUGCUUUCCGAUAGGAUUUUUAAACACGCUGGAUGUCCUCAUGCAAAGCAUGAAACAACAGGAAGCGCCUCUAGUGGUUGUCUAAUAGACAGCUACUAGAGGCAGUCUUAACUCUGCAAUGUAAACAUUGCAGUUUCUCUGAAGCUGCUCUGUAAUACACUGCAGGGUUCUAUGAGAUGAAGUGGUCUGUGUGCCUAUGGUGUGUCUUUACAGACACAAGAUUCCAGUGAAAUGUUCUAGAAUAUACAAAGGUAUAAAUAAGCCGUUUGAGUUAGUUUUGAAACCUGCAUGAGGUAAAGAUAAAAUAAUCGAUUAAAUGAUUCAUGAAAUGUACUUGAAGUUUAGUUGCUCGUCUUCCUAUUUUCUCAGCAUCCAGUCCGACAGGCAGUGGCAAUAACCGCCGGUCAGCCGCAGAACCGAUGGGAUACAUCUUGGCGAUCUACAGCUCGCGGCUUGUUAUGGUGGAACAGGUGGAGGCACAGCCAACAACACUCGCAGACGCCAUUAUUUUGCUGACUGAGGACAAAGGAGAGCGGCACGAGGUAACUAUUAGAUUACUGUUUGACUGGUGAAAGUAAUAGAUACUCUGGACCUUUGUCUGGGGCCCCAUCUUUAGAAACGCUGACAUUCCCUGACGUAACUAGCAAGAAGGGAACAAGCUUUGAAAGCAUAUUUUAACCCAUUGUUUCCAUCAGUUUCUUUCUCGACCCACCAUUUUUUUUUUAAACUCUUUUUCUCCAGUUGAAACGCCUGGGGAACAAUACAUUUAUUUGGAUUUUGCAGUGAAUUGUUUUGUGGAGCACAAGCCCAACCUUGUUCAACCUGUGGAAAUCCAAGCAAUAUCUUAACAAUUGAUGUCUUAACUUGCCUUCUCUUCACAGGGUCGUGAGGGAAUGACCUGCUACUACUUGACCCAUGGGUGGGCAGGACUUAUCGUAGUUGUAGAAAACAGACACCCUAAAUCUUACCUGCACAUCCAGUGUGACUGCACAGACAGCUUCAACGUGGUGUCAACCCGAGGCAGCCUCAAAACCAGCGACAGCGUGCCUCCUCUGCACAGGUGAAUUUCUCCUCUCUGUCUGUGCACUGUGCUCAUAUGUUUGUAAAGGAAAAUAUUCCGAAUACGUUUUUCACGUCCACUGCUUUCUCAUAUCUCUUCACACACCUUUGCUCCCUCUCCCUCUUCUUCAAAUACUUUAAGGUGACUGUGUUUUCUUUAACAGGCAAGUUCUGGUCAUCUUGUCUCAGUUGGAGGGCAACGCUGGUUUCUCCAUCACCCACCGUCUAGCUCAUCGGAAGGCCAACCACGCUCUUCUCAAUGACUGGAUGUCAAGCAAGGGGACCCACAGUCCUCCACUGUCCCCCGAGGUGUCUGGGCUCCAUGGCCCCCGCCCACUAUGA